AUGGAUACUUCUGGAUUUUUAAGGGAUGAAACUCAUCCACACCAACCUGAACAAUUUAUUUCCAAAAAAAAAUUGAAAAAAUUGGGUGAGGUAUUUGAUAAAAUCAAAACACUUUUCCCACCUGCCAAAGUCAAAAAAAUAAUACAAACCGAUGAUGACUUUGGUAAAGUAUCACAACCCACCCCGGUAAUUGCAGGUAGGCCGUUAAAGUUCUUUCUUGCAUUAUUGGUAAAAAAAAUUUAUAAUGUUCCAAAGGAAAUGGAUUGUAAAAGGAUAAUUGGGAAAUUUAUAAAGCAAACAAUCCUCCAGGAUGAAAAAUUUGAUUUCUUGAGGAAACAUAUUUGUGAAAAGCACCCCUACUGA